CCCCUCUUCGGCAGUCAUCCCUCUCUUCAAAUCAUCAAAAGCAUUAAUCUAACUCCCCUCCUCCCCGUCUGAUCAUUAAUAUCAUCCCUUGUUUCUUAUCAUCAUCAUCAUCAUCUACACCAUGGCAGCCCUAACACAACAACCCCCCGCCUCCAUCCCCAUCGACAUCUUCCCCGACGGCCUCAAGACCACCGGCCAACACCCCCCCCUCUACGACCACAUCCGGCCCUUCGAUCGAUUUCCCAAGGAGAUCACCGGCCCGACCGUCUGGAAGCCCGAGGACUACAGCGACAGCCCGGAGAAAUGGACGCAUCGGUUCACCCCCGAGGAGAUCGAGGAGCUGUCGAUCGCGUCGGAUGAGUUUCUCAGAGCGAAGAUCCCCAUGACGGGGAUUAGCAAGUCCAACUUCCCCCUCCCCACCCUGGCCGCCCGCCUACACACCCUCCGCGCCGACCUCCUCGACGGCAAAGGCUUCAUCCUAUUCAAAGGCUUCCCCGUCGAGAAAUGGGGUAACCACAAGUCCGCCAUCGCGUACAUGGGUCUGGGCACGUACCUGGGCUACUUCGUCAGCCAGAACAGUCGCGGCCAUGUCCUCGGCCAUGUCAAGGAUCUAGGCGAGGAUCCCACCCAGAUUGAUUCCGUCCGCAUUUAUCGGACGAAUGCGAGACAAUUCUUCCACGCUGACGACUCCGACAUCGUCGGCCUCCUGUGCAUCCACCGUGCCCUGGAGGGCGGCGAAUCCGACCUGGUGUCCUCGCACCACGUCUACAACACGCUGGCCCGCGAGCGCCCUGACGUGCUGAAGACCCUCACCGAGCCGAUCUGGUACUUCGAUCGCAAGGGCGAGACCAGCAAAGGCGAGGACGAGUAUAUCCGCACCAGCGUGGUGUAUCUCGAGCGGGGCGAGAACGCGCGCGUUUAUACGAAAUGGGACCCCUACUACGUCCGCAGCCUCACGCCCCCGACCCCCCGCAGACAUCUCAUGCGUCUGUGGCUCGCCACGCCGGAGAAUGAGGGCGGCUGGAAGUUGCCGUUUUGGGAUAGUAAUGAGAAGAAGAGGGGCGGGAUUCAGGUCGAUGAUCAGGCGCCGGUGGCGCCGUUGGAUGCGGAGUGAUUUCUCUCUCUCUUCCCCCCCUCGCCCCCCUUCUUUCUCUGUGUGUAUUUGUGAGGGAGGGGAGAUGGGAUAGGGGGGGUUGUGUGUUUUAGCUUAUACCAUAUUUGCGUUUUUCUCGGAUGUGUUAGAUAUACUACUAGUGAGAUCAUCAUGGGGAUGGCGAUGAUUGAAUUAUGUUAUGUUAUGUUAUGUUAUGAUAUGUAUGUUUUGUAAACCUC